CGCAAAUGACAUCGGGGACAACCUGUCUGCUAGAGUAUUGGGCUCCAGAUAGGCCAUUUUAAAAAAAAUCACUUUUUUCUAAUUAGAUGCCACAAUGUUGCCUUUCAAAAGAACUUUUGAGAGCGAGAAACAACAUCUGCAGGAGCUCAACAGCAGGCUUGGCCAGUAUCUUGCCAGAACGAAGCAGCUGGAGCAGGAAAAUGCGUAUCUCAUAACUGAAAUAAAUAAACUUAGGCAAGGGAAGACCGCGGAAUGGGAGCCGAAGUACAAGCGUGAGGUGCGGGAUCUGAGGAGAAUGGUGGGGCUGCUGUCGUUUGAGAAGUCCCAGGCCGAGAUGGAGAGGGGGAAGCUAUGGCGUGAGUUGCAGAUGGUCCAAUCUCUGUGCAGCGAGCAGACUGGGGUGUGCAAGGACAUCAGUGGCGAGCUGAAAGGCUACGAGACGGAGCUUCAGCACGCUCACAAGACCAACGGGGAACUCCAGACGCGUUUAUUUCAACUAGAGAACGAGUAUAAAUGUCUGGAGGAUGUGCACAGACAAGAGAAGGAUCAUCUGCGGCGUCAGGUGGAGUCCCGAGUGGUACCCAUCAUUACGCAAACCUAUCGCGGGCCACCGGUGGCCUCCAUGGAAGAGGUAAAAGAGUAUGCCCGCGGACUGUCCGAUGGGUGGAUUGAGACCGUUGACAUGUACCAGCUGAAGGUGGAGGACAUGGAGCAGUCGAUUAAAGCAGACCAGGCGAGGCUGAGUGAUCUGCAGAGGGAGAAGAUGCGCUAUGCUUCAGAGUUGGACAAAUUACGCACAGAGGCGGACAAACAAGGUCAGAUUCAAUUCUGUCUUGAAGAAGAAGUGAUGCACAUGCAGGAGAAAUUCCGGGUGGACUUCAGUGAAUAUCAGAUAAUUAUUGAGCAGCUGGAGCAUGAGAGGAAUAUGAUGGCCGAUGCUAUUGCAGAAAAGAUGCGAGAACAUCAGCACCUUCUCCAAGUUAAGAUGGAUCUGGGCAUGGAGGUGGCUGCCUACAGGGCUCUCCUGGAAGGUGAGAGAGUGGAUCUGCAAGAUGCUCAUCGGAGGGUGACUCAACAUCAAAGAGAAAGAAUAAUAGAUAUAAGGAUGCCUGCCAAGCCCUACACUCCAAGAGCUUCCACCUUAACCCCCAGACCAUCUAUGGAUAUCAGGUACACGCCGCCAGCUUCACACCUGAGAAGAUCCCCUGGGCCCCCCUCUGGGUCCAUGAGUCCCUCUAGGAUCAUUCCUAUUUCAGUUGCAGGCAGAGCUCGAAAUCAGAGUCCUGCAUCCAGGAGGGACAUGCUCUUAUUCACCAAAGCCCGGACUGCCACUUCUGCCCCUGCUACCACCACAGCGAAAGAUAAACAAACAGGCCAGAGUGAGUACCAAACAAGACAACAUUUACAGAAAACAACAGCAGAGGAGAACACUGUGAAAAUUAAACAGGUCUCUCAGGUAGAGAACCAAGUCAGUCCCAUCACACCACCCGCUACGGAGACCAAAUCAGUGAAAGUGGUGUCACCACCAAUGAUGAGCCUGAGCAGGGAAACUGAGACAGAAAGCAAAAGGCAAGUGUCAGAUGAACAAGAGCAAGAUAAUGUUUAUGGUUGGGAGUUCAAAGAUGAAAGACAAAUAGAGCCUACGAUGGGCACAAGUGAGAACAAAAUAUUAGAUCCUGUGUCUGUAGAGGAGAUCGUUGAGAGAGUGAUGAGACCAGCAGGUUUGGAACCUAUGGUUUGCCCCUCGGGAGAAUCGAAGAUAAGGUAUCAUGUGGAGAGAACUGAGCAAGAGGAUGGAACGACUAAGACGCAGAUCGUGUUGGAAUCCAAAAUGGAGGAAGAGCUGGAUUUUUCUGAGGACUCUGCACUGGAAGAACUACUGAGCCAUGGGGUUAAGAAGGUGUCACUGGAAGACAUCAAGUACACAGCAACAGGAAGCAUGAUCAAGAACCUGCUAAGUGGCCUGCAGGGAAGCGAGUACUUUGAAAAUAAGUCUGUCAAUGUGGAAAUCAUUGAGGAACCGGUGGAGUCUUACAGUGAGGAGGUCUUUGAGCUUGAGCAGAAAUCCAGAUCUAGUUUUUAUGAGCCCUCCUCAACAUAUUUCCAAAUCGAGGAGCUAGAAAAUAUCCCUCAUGAUGCUCAAGUUCAGAGCAGUGAUGGUGAUGCCAUGAAAACCUUCAUGACAGAUGCAGACCAUCGCAAGGGUGGCUCUGUACAAGUCCAAGAGGUUUCAAGAGAGAGCGAAUCUUCAUAUUACUCCCAUAACCAAGAGCCUGACGAGUAUUUCGUCUCCACACCAGAUGAUAACCUUUCUGAAACCGAGGAGGGUGGAGCCAUCACCUCCUAUGGCCAUUACGGUAUCGUCGAUGACCUGUCAGAUGAGCGGUAUUAUCAAGAUGAAGGUCUUCUCUCGAAACGGGUGAUUGUAGAGGAAAGUGACGAAUACAAUUUAGGUGAUCACUCGUUUGUCAAGGAGAGUUUCCCAGAGUGCAUCAUUGAAGAAGAGGUGUGCGUCUCCCCUAUAGUGCAGGAGUCGAUGCUUGAGUUCCUGAGAGAGGACUCUUUGGAGCCCAAAGAGCAACUCAAGGGAGCUCUAGAGAAGCUACAAAGCUCAGUGUCGGGUCCGCUGAGGGAGGAGUUGGCCUUCCUCACUAAAGUGAGUAGUGAAGGUUCACAGACUUUGGCUGUCAAAAAAGUCCAACAGUCAAGCAACAACGGCACCAUGACUAUAGUUGCAGAGCUGAACGUCUCUCAAAGUCUGGAAGACUCAGGGCUGCUGGAGUCAGGAGAUGAUCUAUCUGAAGAGCAGAUCAUGGCAGCGCUCAGAUCUUCUAACCGAGGGCUUGAUAAAGCCUUCCAAGGUGGGGCAGGAGGAGGAUACAGCUUCAGAGUCUCCAAAGAAGAGGAUGUUGUGCACGGUGAAGAGUUCGAAGGCUUUACUAAAGAAGAAGGGUCUGCAUCUGAAAUCACUGAGAGGCACAUACAACUGGGGCCAUCAGAGAAGUCCUUCACCUUUCAGAAGGACGUACAUGGCAGUCAGGAUGAGCCCUCAGAGGAAGAGCUGCAAUCUCACCCCUUGGGAACCCCAAUUAAGAUUUUGCAAGAGAAAAGAGUUGCAACAGUUUACCUUGAAAGUCCAAAAGACGACUGAUGAAAGAAUUCGGUCUGAAAUAUUUUCAAGGCCAAGUGCUUACCAAUGUUACUUGUUAAAGUGCACAUUACAGACGUUGUUCAGUCCACACAGCCACAUGGCUAUAAUGCUGUUGGCAGACACUCUAUAAGCAGUAAAACAUGAUAUAUCUAAUUGAUUUUGGUGCUGAACCUACUUAAUGUGUCACCUAAAACGUAGUUUACCUAACAUGAGGCCAGCUAAAUUCAGUUACUCUGUUAAAAUUACCAGAUUAACACUUUGUUGUGAUGUUAAUUGUGACUGUAAUUGUUAAUUGUGACUGUACCGAGUAUGAACUAAAAUGGACAGGUUGAAGUUAGAAUUGCGCUGGAAUGUGUGUAACCUUUUUACAGCUUGCAGUUUAUCUUAAAAGAGGUUUGUUUAUUCUACCUAGAUUUCUCUAUUUUUGUACUAACCUCUGCUGUGCAUCUUAAACAGCCCAUUUUGCAUUUUACAACAUCCCAUCCCAUCCCACGUCUGCCAUGUUGUGGAAUCUGUUCCAAAUCAACAUAUGACAGUUGGAGUUAUGAUGUGCUGUGAACUGUUCCAGAUCAGGGCUUACAUUUUUCUUUUGACUCGGGCACUCUUGCCAUUAAAAAUAGUUUGAGCAUUUACUGUAUCCUAAAGCAGCAGUUUAUUUGAAGCAGUAGUCAGUGAAGUGUAAAUAUAUAGCGAAGCUUGUAGCUGAGGUCAGUAUGGUGGGGGUGGGAAAAAAAAGUGGUCAUUUGUUUUAAGAAACUUUGUGAGUUUUAAAUCUAAGUGAGGUGCAGUAAAUGUGCCACAUAAAAGUAAUUAAGUUAAAUUCCUGGGUUACGUGAUCAAUGUAAUCAAUGUGUAUCUUUAAAAAUUUUAUGAUGGCUAAAAUUGUGGUUUUGAACAUGAAAUUAGGGUGCUGGGAAUUGAACAUUGUGAAUUAUACAAUUUAGAACUCCAAAAAAGGGUUUUUAAUUAGAAAAGCCAACAGUUAGAUGAAGUAGUAUAAUCUUAAUGAAUUUGUGUUGUUAAAGAAAAUGUAAAUCACAACUGGUCUUGAUGUACAGUACGUCUCAUGGAUGCCCUUUUGCUUGUCCACAUUAGAGGGUUAUCCCAGUGUUGGCUGGAAGUAUUCACCUUUGCUGGAACGUACGAGUGUCCAUGACCGUGACUAUUUUUGGAUCAUCAGCUUAGUGGCAUUGACUGUCCAUUAGGGUUUGUUGUGUUGUGCACUAGUUGCAGAGGCCAAAAUGGUCCACUAUGAUUACAGUGUGGUUGCACAUUUAGUCUAAAUGGCAUCAACAUGUGCACUGUGUAACUAUUGAGUAAUGUAUUCACUUGGCACC